GACCCUCACAAACCCCGCCUACACACUAAAAACCACCGCGUCUCAUUGGACAGCAGCUACGUCAGUCAGAAAACCCGCGCUCUGCCAUAUUUAAAAAGUAUAUAGUGACCAGAAAUCUUUUGCCAGUUGUGAUUGGCUACUGUUCGCUGCGAGGAUGUCACAGCGGUUGCCAUUGGUUAGUUCUUUGAAGCGCUGUAACGUUCUUCUCUCCGAUUGGCUACACAAACCCAUCGGGCGCGAUUUCCAACGCGGGAAAGUACCGGGUCACUGUAACAAGUGAGGCUGUCGGAGGAGCGGGAUCAGAGAAGCUCUGCUACAUGUAACUCCGGGAAUGACUGACUUUACCACACUGCGGCAGGUUAACAGCGGAUUACUCACGUUUUAAACGUUUUAAUUUAAUUCCAACGGUUUUUAGAUUCAGUUUUUAUCCGUUAUGGCUGACAGCAAGCAUCAGGUGAUUUUCUGCAACGACUCGCCAAAAAGAGUUCUGGUGUCGGUUAUUAAAACAACACCGAUUAAACCGAGGACCACCGCGGACUCCCUGAUGCCCACCAGCCCCGGUUUUAGCGACUUUAUGGUGUACCCAUGGCGCUGGGGCGAAAACGCGCAUAAUGUGACUUUGAGCCCCGGUUCAGGCAGCGGCGCCGCCUCGCCCACCCGAACCAGCAGCUCUCCAGCCGAAGCAGACCCGCUUUCCUGCCCGGAGCACCUAAAGGAUGGUAUCCGGCGUGGCCGUCCGCGGGCCGACACCGUCCGGGAGCUGAUCAACGAGGGGGAAAACUCCACCAGCCGCAUCCGCUGCAACAUCUGCAACCGCGUCUUUCCUCGAGAGAAGUCCCUGCAGGCCCACAAACGCACACACACCGGUGAACGGCCGUAUCUGUGUGAUUAUCCAGACUGCGGUAAAGCAUUCGUCCAGAGUGGUCAGCUGAAGACACACCAGCGUCUGCACACUGGAGAAAAGCCCUUUGUCUGCUCCGAGAAAGCUUGCGGGAGCCGCUUUACUCAUGCUAACCGUCACUGCGCGAAACACCCGUACGCCAGGCUGAAGCGUGAGGAGCCGACCGGCGGCCCCGGGAAAUCACAGGGAGCCGAUAACAAGGCUGUUGCAGAAUGGCUGACAAAAUAUUGGCAGACACGUGAGCAGCGUUCGCCUGUACCGGGCAAAGCAAAGCCUCAAAACAAGAGUCCCCUGGAGGACCAGGAGCAGCAGGACCCGCUUGACUUCCUGCCAUCCGAUGAAGGAGAAGAAGAAGAGCAAGAGGAGGAGAAGAGCGCCCCCUCUGGCGGAGUAGUGACGGCGCGCCGGCGUCUGCAGGAGCAGAGGGAGCGUCUGCACGGAGCGCUAGCACUCAUCGAGCUCGCUAACAACCUGUCGGCCUGAGACACUCGUCAGCUCCAGACAUGUGGAUAUAAGCUACAAGCACCUUAUUUCGCUUCCUUAUUUCGUACCUUUAGGCUGCUAUGAUGGUAGAUGAUAUCAUUAUAUGAAUGAAGAAUGUCGUUUGCUCUUGUUCAGGAGAUAUUCCUGGAGACGUUCCUUUUGUUUCGUUGUGCACUUUGUGGACAUGAGUGUGUGUUUGGGGAUUGUGGGUGGAUUUGUGUGUGGAUUUUAGUGUUCGUAUGUGUGUGUGUGUGUGUGUGUGUGUGUUUGUACGUGUGUGAGAAGACUUAUGACUAGCAGGAGACCCGCUUUUGCUUUCCCUACGCAGACACCCGCAUUAGUCCCGGCGCUUCCAUCACUCGCUCGUGUUUAAUCAUGUAUUUAUUCUAUUUAAAGCAGUGUUGAGCGCCACCUGCUGGCGGCUGUAGGACUCAGGCUUUGCAAUCAAACUAACCAGCUUUAAAAGGCAUCUCUUAAGGGUACACGCGUGUGUAGUAGUAGUGUUGUUGAAAAGGACUGAUAUAGGUAGUAAUCAAUACUGAACAUUUCUAAAUAUUUUGAGUGGAUGUUUAAAGCGUCGCUGAUUGGCUGGUGUGUUUAUAUGCUCUGCAGAAAUGACUGUGAUUGGCUGCACUGAAGUCAGUAUAGCCAACCACGGUCAUUUGUGUUGAGCAUUGGAAUACAGUGCACAAUCAGGAAUUUUUAAAGUGACAGUACACAUAAAAAUGACAAUUCUGUCUUCAGUUACUCUCCAAGUAAACAUUUUUAACUCGUAUAAUUUCUUUGUUUUGUUGAAGAUGAAGGAAAUACUUGGGAGAAUGUCAGUAUCCAUACGGACACAUUUACUGCCAUACUUAUUUUUCCUGCCGUGAUACUAAAUAGGUAGCGAGAUCUGGUUGUUUACUGACAUUCCACCAAAUAUCUUAUUUUUUCCCAUCCAGAACAAAGAGUUUAAAACAACCUGAAGGUGAAAAUGAUUGUAGAAUUAAAAUGUUUGGGUGUACUAUCUGAUUGGCUUCAAUGACAAAUGGUGACAGAUUUGUUUGUGUACUGUCCCUUUAAACGCCCCUAAUUGUCUACAAUAACAGUAAAUGAUGACAAGAUUGUAUUUUUUUGUGUACUGUCCCUUUAAACACCUCUGAUUGCCUGUUUUAUUGCCAUGUGACUUAUUGGCACCAAUGAGAGUAAAUGGUGACAGAAUAUUCAUUUUAUUUGGUGUUCUGUCCUUUAAGACACCUGAUUGGCUACAGUGACAGUAAAUGAUGACAUCAUCAAUUACAUCAUCAUUCAAUUCUUUUAUGGUGUACUGUUUUUUUUUAAAUGCCUUUUAUUGGCUGUUGUGUGGUCACAUGACUGGUUGUCUACAGUGACAGUAAUCGAUGACAUGAUUUUCAUUUUUUGGUGUACUGUCCCUUUAAACCCCUUUGAAUGGCUACAGUGAUGGUAAAUUUACAUUUUUUUGUAUGCACUGUUCCUUUAAACACCUCUAAAUGGCUGUUUUAUUGUCACAUGACUGGCACCACUGAGGGUAAAUGAUGACUAGUUUCAUUUUUGGUGUACGGUCCCUUUUAAAUCCUUCUGAUUGGCAACAAUGACAGUAAAUUGACAUAAUUUUUAAUAUUUUGUUUGCACUGUCUCUUUAAACACCUCUGAUUGGCUAAAGUGACAGUAAAUGAUGACGUCAUUUUAAUAUUUUUUGAUGUACUGUCCCUUUAAACACCUCUGAUUGGCUACAGUGACAGUAAAUAAUGACGUCAUUUUAAUAUUUUUAAUGUACUGUCCCUUUAAACACCUCUGAUUGGCUACAGUGACAGUAAAUGAUGACAUCAUUUUAAUAUUUUUAAUGUACUGUCCCUUUAAACACCUGAUUGGCUAGUGCUGGUAAACAAUGACAUCAUUUUAAUUGUUUGUGAGUACUGUCCUUUUAAACACCUGAUUGGCUACAGUGACAGUAAAUGAUGACAUCAUUUUAAUAUUUUUAAUGUACUGUCCCUUUAAACACCUUUGAUUGGCUAGUGACUGUAAACAAUGACAUUUAAAUGUUUUGCAUGUACUGUCCCUUUAAGAAUCCACUCAAAAUGCCAGCAUGAAAUCUGGUAGUGUCCCAUUUUUACAGUUUCAGUAUUGGUUAGUACCAAAUUCAGUACUUCAGACGACUCUAUGUAGUAGUGUAUAGAUUGACAGUGGAAAGCUGAUAAACUGAAGCACUUACCAUAUUAAUCUCUCACUUCAGUAGCUCUUAUUUCCAAAGAGAAGUGAUGGAAAAAGAGUCUGGAUGGAUCUCGACGGCACUUGUUUCACCAGUUCAUCAUUCGUAACACUACAUUCUGUUCAUUGUUCAAUUUGCAUCAAGAAUUAAUUCGGCCUCAAAAACUGGAAAGGUGCGUUUCUGACGAGGUCGGGGAUGUUUCUGCGUGGCGUCGAGUUUUUAUGUCCAUUUUAUAGCUGAAAAUAAUAUAUUUCCCCCCUGAAUUGUUGGAGAAGAUCAAUGUUUAGCCGCGACAACAGAAUGUAAUCAAGUGUUUUAUUUGGAGAUCUUCUGUUCGACUUUGUACAUGUGUAAGCGGGCUUUUUCAUCAUAGUGUUAGCACUUCAAGUCUUCAAUAAAUGAUAUAAAUCCUG